UUCUCUGUUUCUCAGUUAGUUCUCGAGGGCGCCCUCUCUAAUUUAGCGGUAUUUCCAGCAUUCUCUAAGGGUCAUAUUACAACCACCGCUACAUAAAGCGACAGGUAGGCGAUGGCCGAGCCAACUUGUGAGUCUCAUUUUGAAGGACCGCCCUCCAGACAUCCAAGGAACGAGCGAAACAGCAGUGGGGAGCAGGCAACAGGCCUAGGAUGGCAGCAGGGUGUUUAAGUGAUGAAACGUGCGGGGUAAACUGUACCCAGCCUGAGCAGGGAGUCGCAUCACAUCCACAAGUACAGGUCCGUACAGAACAGAUGGGAAUGGGCAACAUGGGGGAGCAGACAACAGACACAGGACGGCAGCAGGACGUUGAAACGUGCGGGGUAAACUGUACCCAACCUGAGGAGGGAGUCUCAUCACAUCUACAUGUACAGGUCUGUACAGAACAGAUGGAAAUGGGCAACAUGGGGGAGCAGACAACAGACACAGGAGGGCAGCAGGACGUUCUUAACGCGGAAACGUGCGGGGUAAACUGUACCCAACCUGAGGAGGGAGUCUCAUCACAUCUACAUGAACAGGUCCGUACAGAACAGAUGGAGAUGGGCAACAUGGGGGAGCAGAAAACAGACUCGGGACGGCAGCAGGACGUUCUUAACGCGGAAACGUGCGGGGUAAACUGUACCCAACCCGAGGAGGGAGUCUCAUCACAUGGACAUAUACAAGUCCGUACAGAAACGAUGGAAAUGAACGACAGUGGGGAUCAGACAACAGACGCGGGACGGGAGCAGGACGUGCCAAGCGAGAAAACGUGCGACGUAGAGUUUGUACGGCCUGACGACGAAAUCGCUUCAUAUAUAGUACAAGAGCCGACCAGUAUAGGACAUAGAAAGAGAAAAGGGGCAAAAUCUACUACAGCUCAUAUAUGUGACUUCUGUGGGUUCAAGACAGUUUCUAAGUCCCAACUGAUAACUCAUGUAAGAAAGCAUACAGGAGAAAACCCUUUCAAAUGUGACCUAUGUGACUAUUCUACCGCACAUAAAGCUUCAUUGAAGCGCCACAUCUUCACAAAACACACUGAUGAAAAUCCCUACAUGUGUGGGGAGUGCGAAUACAGGACGGCUGAUAAGGGCAAUCUAUCUAAACAUGUGAGGAAGCACACCGGUGAGAAACCCUACAAAUGUGACCAGUGUGACUAUUCUGCCAUACGUAAAGCUAAGUUGGACCGUCAUAUUAUGGCAAUGCACAGAGGUGAGAAACCCUACAAAUGUGACCAGUGCGACUAUUCUGCUGCCCAAAAAAUCGAAAUGGACCGUCAUAUCUUGAGAAAACACACCGAUGAAAAACCCUACGUUUGCGAGGAGUGCGAAUAUAGGACAGCUGAUAAGGGCAAUCUAUCCAGACAUAUUAGAAAACAUACUGGAGAGAAACCGUACAAAUGUGACCUCUGUGACUAUUCAGCCGCACUUAAAUAUUCAUUAGACUGUCACAUGACAACGCACACCGGUGAUAAACCUUACAAGUGUGACCAAUGCAACUAUUCCGCUGCACGGAAAGACACGUUAGGGCAACACGUUAGGGUAAAGCACACAGGUGAAAAACCCUAAUUAUGUGAUAAGUGCGAGUACAGGACGGCCGUUAGGGCUUGCCUAUAUGUACAUAUGAAAACAGACACCGGUGAUAAGCCUCUCAAAUGUGACCAGUGUGACUAUUCUGUUGCACGGAAAGAUAGAUUAGACAAACACGUGAGAGUAAAACACAUGGGUGAAAAACCCUACAUGUGUGAGGAGUGCGGAUACAGGACAGCUGUAAGGUCAGGCUCUGUCCCGACAUAUGAAAAAACACACCGGCGAGAAAGCUCACAAAUGUGACCUGU